AUGGAGUAUCAAAAUAAUAAUCAUAAUAAUAGUGGUGAUGAUAAACAACAACAACAACAACAUAUAAUAAUAGACUCAUCAUCAAAUAAUGGUGAAAAGAUAAAUCGUCAUCAAAGACAACUUAGUAAAGAUAUUACUACCAUCCAACAACAACAACAACAAUUAGAGAAAGAGAAAGAGAUUGAGAAAUAUAAUAAUUAUAUUAAUAAUAAUAAUAAUCAAUGUAAUAAUUGUAAUGGAAAUAUCAACAUCAUCAACAGACUCAACAACAAUAAGGAUAAGGGAACAACAGAUGAAGUAUAUAAUCCACAAUUAUAUUAUAAAUUACCAAUGUUCUCAAUGGGCCUAAGACGAAGAUAUAGAAUAUGGAUGUAUCUGUUUGAUUGGACAUUCACAAUUGUGUCACUGAUGACAGGUGCAUUCCUAUUCUAUUUUGUUCCGGUUCGUGGACGUCUGUUCACUUUAAACGAUCCUGAUAUAUCAUAUCCGCUGGUCCAAGAACUGGUCAGCUUCCCCGUGCUACUGGCCAUCUCCUACAUACUACCGCUCUUUGUUAUCGUGGUGACCGUCAGCUGUUACCAUCGCAAGUGGCACGACCUACAUCACUCUGCCCUAGGCCUCACACAGACCUGGGCACUCACCUUGCUGCUGGUAGCAGUGAUCAAAUGCUUCAUCGGAGGCAUUCGUCCAAACUUCCUCGUUCGAUGUAAACCAACCACCGAGUCAAUAGCCAGAGCUACACCAGUUGGUUAUAAUCAUAUAUAUUAUUCCAAAGAGAUAUGCACUGGCGAGCUUUACGACGUUAACGAUGCAAUGGCUUCGUUCCCCUCGGGACACGCAGGACUGUCAGCCUGUGGACUAGUAUUCCUGGCAUUGUUUCUACAUGCACGUCUAAAGACAUUCAACAAUCGUGGUCAUCUAGCAUUUUACUUCCUAAUACUGUCAUGUAUAAGUGGAUCGAUGUUGAUAGGAGUCAGUAGAAUAGUGGAUUACAGACAUACCUUUGCCAAUGUAUUCCUGGGAUGGUGUCUGGGCAUUGUAUGCGCUCUAUCAAUGUACCGACUCAACUUCCUAUCAGUGUUUGGCAAUGACAAUCAUGUACCUGUUGCAGACUAUUGGUAUUGGCAUCAUUGGAGAAAGACUCAUUGCAACAACAACAAUAAUAACUGCGAUGGUAUACCAAUGACAAAUGUCGAUGUUAUAAGUAGUGGAGUA